AUGCUAACCAGUAGUCGAGCUAGACCAGCAGCACAAGUGGAACAAAAUGUUGACCAGAGAGUAAAGACGAACUUCUUUACACAAUCAUGGAAUAUCAAAAAAGGGGCGUUACCAGAUUCGCUCCAACGCCUCCUCAAAACCGCGCAGACUUUUGGGUUGCGACUGGAAGGAAGAAAUAUAUCAAAGGAGAUUAGGCGGUCCAGACCAAUAUGGUACCAUAAUAAUGCAGACUCACGAAUCCGAUUGCUGAAUAACUCAAGGGCAUCCGAGUGUCUGCGGUCCAUGCAUAACCUGCAGACAGUGGGACAAGCAGAAGACAUGGCGAAGGACCUGGAAACACCGGAGCAUAUAUCAUGGAAUGAAUGCGAGUGCCGGAAUUGCGUGAGAGCGGCAGAGGAGAAUGGAUGCCAGCACCCACACAACUGCUUCACCAGGGCCAAAGCACUCCUCGAUACCCUUGAACCGAAAUGGGACCCA